CCGAAGGAGCAAGCCAAAGAUAAACACGUAGCCAGUCAAACAGGGGCGAGCAUUAUAAAUAUUAUAGAGAGGCUGCCGUGAAAACGCCGAAAUGGAGUAGCUGCUAAGAAUAAAGACAUUUUAUCGGGCAAAGGGACAUUCGUCAAAUUAACCGAGGAGCAAGUCUUCCGCAGACAUCGAGUCGUAUCUGUAGCUGAGUCCAAAAUGGUGCGAGCAGCCUUGGUGACCGCCACCAGUCUGGCGCUGACUGGGGCUGUGGUGGCGCACGCUUACCUCCUCAAACACCAGUUCUACCCGACUGUGGUCUACCUCACCAAGAGCAGCCCCAGCAUGGCGGUGUUGUACAUUCAGGCCUUUGUGUUGGUGUUUCUGCUGGGAAAGUUCAUGAGGAAGGUGUUCUUUGGACAGCUAAGGGCUGCAGAAAUGGAGCAUUUGAUUGAGCGCUCCUGGUACGCUGUGACCGAGACGUGCCUGGCUUUCACUGUGUUCAGGGAUGACUUCUCCCCUCGCUUCGUCGCCCUCUUCACACUGCUGCUCUUCCUUAAGUGCUUCCACUGGCUGGCCGAGGACCGGGUGGACUUUAUGGAACGGAGUCCAAACAUAUCCUGGAUUUUUCAUUUCAGAGUGUUAUCUCUCAUGGGACUGCUGGCUGUCCUGGACUUCCUGUUUGUCAACCAUGCCUGUCACAGCAUCAUUACCCGAGGAGCUUCAGUCCAGCUUGUGUUUGGAUUUGAGUACGCCAUCCUGCUGACCAUGGUCCUGACCACCUUCAUUAAGUAUCUUCUGCACACUAUUGACCUGCAGAGUGAGAAUCCCUGGGACAACAAGGCCGUCUAUAUGCUCUACACUGAGCUCUUCACAGGUUUUAUCAAAGUGCUCCUCUACAUCGCCUUCAUGACCAUCAUGAUCAAGGUCCACACCUUCCCUCUGUUUGCCAUCCGGCCCAUGUAUCUGGCUAUGAGGCAGUUCAAGAAAGCUGUAACAGAUGCUAUCAUGUCUCGGAGAGCCAUCCGCAAUAUGAACACACUGUACCCUGAUGCUACUCCUGAAGAUCUGCAGGCCUCUGACAACGUCUGUAUCAUCUGUCGAGAGGAAAUGGUCACCGGAGCAAAGAAACUACCUUGUAAUCACAUUUUCCACUCCAGCUGCUUGCGCUCCUGGUUCCAGAGGCAGCAGACCUGCCCAACCUGUCGCAUGGACGUACUGCGUGCUUCUAAUAACAAUCAGACUCCAGCCCCGGCUCAGGCCCCGCCUCCUGCUCCUGCAGCCCCCGCCAACGCCCCCGCAGCCCCACCUGCCAACGUGGCUCCAGGCAUGUUACCUGGCUUUCCUCCUGGUGUCUUCCCCUUCUGGGGCCCUUUCCCUGCAGUGCCUCCUCCUGCUGCGGCAGCUGCAGCUCCUGGUGCUGCCGAUGCUCCUCAGAGCAGCACCGAGGCUGCACAGGCAGCAGGUUCCAGCCAGCCGACUUCGUCGACUGCAGAUGCUGCUGCAGGUGCUGCUGCUCCAGGAUCAGCACUCCCAGGCUUCCCCUUCUCCUUCCCCCCUCCUCCCUUCCCCACUGCACCAUGGCUGCCCAUGCCACCACCUCCGCCCUUUGUGUCAUCGAUGCCUCCUCCUCCUCCGUCUCUGUCGCGGCUCUCAGAGGAGGAGCUGAGGGAACUGGAGGCGGAGGGCCGGCGGGGCCUGGAGGCCAGGCUCCAGUGUCUCCAGAACAUCCACACCCUGCUGGACGCUGCCAUGCUCAACAUCCACCACUACCUCAGCACCGUCGCCACACUCACUCCUCCUCGGGCUGAAGGCGGUUCUGGAGCAGCCAGCGAGACAAACAGCACAGCUUCACCUCCUACAGCUGGCAGCAGCACGGACAGUCCCAGCCAGGAGAGGGAUUCCUCCAGCUCUGAGCAGGUUAACGGAGCGACAGUGUCCACUCAGCCAGCUGACUCUACUUCUGCAGCCUCGGACACGGAAAGAAAAGAAGAGUCGGACGAAGGAGCGGCGGGGGUUGGGGAGGAGGACGGAGAGCCCAACGCUGCUGAGCUGAGGCGCCGCCGCCUCCGUAAGCUUGAGACAUCGUCCCCAUCAUCUCCACCCCCUCCGGACAACUGAUCCACGCACUCUGACUCGGACGUAUUGCUCCAGACCAACAGAAACUCUGAGUUUAUUGGUCGUCGCUUCGGUUCUUCAUCGCCUCUCUUCUGUCGUGGCUCUCGCCUUCCACAGGCUCAGGUUUCAAACUGUGUCGAGUUGGACUCAGGCUACUUGGAGACGCGAUGAUCGGUUACCGCUUAUCUGGACUGUUUCAGAAAGCAAUAGCACGACUUCUUUUUGUUUGUUUUCACCACUCUUUACUCCCCCAGAAUGACUACUGCAAUAAGAACACUGCAGGUGUUUAGCGUCAGUUUAAUCAGACGAUGAGGAAUAUCAGUUAUUUGGUCGAUGUGAGCGAGACAGUGUUUGGAUUUGUGUUUGGUAGUUUUGCUGUCGGUGAGGUCUUUGCCUGCACUUUGAUUUUUGGUUUAAUUCAGCUUUCUUUCGUACUAAGGUGGUCCUGUUCACCACAUCAACAUGUUACAUACAGCACCUGGAUCAGCGUCAGCAUCCAGUCAGUUCAAAUCAAGGGAGAUCAACUGCUCUGGCUUUCUUUUUCUUGAACCUUCAUCUUUCUUGUGUUGCCACUGCAGGCGUUUGUAACAUACUGAUUUAUUUGAAUGUGUACAUACUGUAUAAAGAGUUUUAAUAGGAUGAUCUGUACAUAAUGCAGAAUAAACUGUUUGACUGAAA